UGGUUAUUAGGGGAAUGAGAACGAUUGCUUGAUUCUACUCUUUCAUUUUUUUUUUAUUUUUUUUUUAGUAUUGCCAAUAUUUUUUUUAUUUGGUGAAAAUGUGUGGAGAACCCGUAACGCCCUAAUAAUCCUACAUUGUCGGAUGAAAAAAUAAUUUUGAUUAAAAUAUGUGGAACUUACACGUUAGUAAUAAUAACCAGACUUAAGCAUUUUGGGUUAGUAAUUUUGGCCCAACGAGUUAUUGUUACUAGCGAGUCAGGUCGUUACAUAACCCCUUGUCGAUAGGCUACUUUGAAAUAGACCCUCCAACAUUUUUUUUUUUAAUUGAUUCACAAAUUCUCAAUUUUCAAUUAUUUUGUGGAUUUGGUGCUGUUAAUGGCUCCAUUAGCUAUAAGUUAAACUAUAGUGGUCAAAAGUUGAUGAAGAAUUUAAGUGUCAUGGCACGAAAUCGUGUCGAGAACUUACUGGUACGGUAUAACACGGUGCGUGGCGUGUUAUGCUGAUGUGUGCACGCACAGAAAUAGCCUAUUUAUUUUCUUUGGCGCCUAUAUAUUCUAACUGCUUAUUAUAUCUCUUUAUCAAAUCUUUUGUAUGUUCUUGAAAUAAAAUAUUCGUGCUGAUAUUUUGUUGGCACGGUAUGAUAUGGUGGACAGGCUUGUGUUGAUCGGCACUUAAAACUUUGCAUAUGAUGUUCCAUAUUGAUUUAAAGUUACUUACACACCUUAAUCGGCACAAAUGUUCUGCAUGCUACAAACAAUACAAGAAAUGGGAACAUCUUAUUGAACAUAUGAGGGUGUCGUACCACUCUUUUCAUGAACCGAAGUGUGGGGUCUGCAAAAAGCAUUGCAAGUCAUGGGAAUCUGUGAGGGAACAUCUUACAGGUCCACUGCCGAAGGGACAAUGUGCAAACAUAUUUAGCACAAAUGGUUGCGAACUUUGCUUGAACAUUUUUGAUAGUUCCAAUGCUCUUGAGAUGCACAAGGACUCGUGUCGCAUGACCCCUGCCUUGUCACCUAAAUGUGUGCAGCCUGGGAUGGAGGACAGCGAUGACCGAGUACCUGGAGUGGUUGCUACAGAUUCAAGCAUGGAAAAUGAUGAGGACCAAGUAGCUGGAGUGGUUGAUAUGGAUUCAAGCAUGGAAAAUGAUGAUGAUCAUGUAGAUGAAAUGGUUGUUAUGGAUUCAAGCACGGGGAAUGACGAUGACCGAGGACCUGAAGUGGUUGCGAUGGACUGCGAGAUGGUGGGUGGUGGAAGUGAUGGAUCGCUUGAUCUUUGUGCACGGGUGUGCAUAAUUGAUGAAGAUGAAAAUGUAAUCUUCCAUUCUUAUGUCAAGCCUGUCAUCCCCGUCACUAAUUUCAGGUAUGAAUUAACUGGUUUAAAAGAAGAUUAUUUGGAAAAUGCCGUGCCUCUCAUGGAAAUUAAGGAGAAAGUUGAGGAGAUACUAUACAAUGGGGAAUCACUAUGGAAAGCUCGCCUAAAAGGUGGGAAAGCAAGGCUUCUUGUAGGCCAUGAUUUAGAUCAUGAUCUAUAUUGCCUGAAAAUGACCUAUCCUGAGCACUUGAUCAGGGAUACAGCAAAGUAUCGUCCGUUAAUGAGAACAAAUCUGAUCAGCCAUUCACUGAAGUACCUCACUCGGAUGCACUUAGGGUACGACAUCCAAAGCGGUGCGCACGACCCGUAUGAAGAUUGUGUUGCCGCAUUGAGGCUUUACAAAAGAAUGCGAUCUCAGCCACACCUGAAUGGGGGAUUUCCUGGUUCAAGCAGCAGCGGCGGCGAUGUCGAGACAACAAGCAAAAGGAACCCAUUUGACCCCUCAGGAUGGCGGGAUCUGGAGAAAAUGUCUCCGGACGAUCUUCUUAACAUGUCGGUUCCCGAUUACAAGUGUUGGUGUUUGGAUUCCAGAACCGUAAACUCUUGACCAUAAUUGGCCAGUUUUCGUUCGGCGUAUAGUUUUCAUUUUGUUUAGUAUAGAAGAGAAGGGUUACAUGCAAGAGGCAAAGAGUUUACCAAAUAUAGUCUCUGUAGACAAAAAAAAAAGAAGGGGGACUUAAAUGCACAUUCGUGUUCAUUUUGUAUAUUCUUGUUAACAUUAAAUAACCUGAAACAUUGUUGUCAUUUGCUCA